GAGCUAUCGGUGAUCGCAGGGCAGACAGACAGGCAGAGUGUAAAAUGGCGCACAGCUGUCGGUGGCGGUUCCCUGCUCGGCCCGGAGGGAGCAGCAACUCCGGUACCGGGAGGAGAGCGGGCCGUAUUCGGGUCACUGCCUCUCUGCUGAGUGUACCCGGAGCCCACCCCAACCCAACUGUGCUCGGACCAGGGUUUGACGCUGCACUACAAGUCUCGUCGGUUAUAGGCAGCAACCUGCGGAAAUUUCGGGAUGUUUUGGGGGAAUCGAGCGACUCGAGCAGCGGGGAGGAAGAAGUGUUUGGAGGAUUUGGAUCAAUCACUGAACAGAACAGAAUACGGAGCACUUCAGCGACUUCUUCAGGUCUGCCAGUACAGGAGAAGAAGCCCAGAGGCCGCCCCCCGCGGAACCUUGCUGCGCAGAAAGCUGCUUCAGGUCUCCCCUCCUCCUCCCCUCUUUCCUCGUCAACACAGUCAAAACCUGAGGACCAUGAAAGGCCAGCUGUGAAGGUGAAAAGGUUGCCUGGGAGGCCACCUGGCUCUGGGGAAAAGAGAAGAGGCCGUCCUCCAUCCUCUUGUAACAAGAAAGCUUGGAAUAUAGACAGCCAUGUGUCAGGCGAAACCAGUGUGCAAGCUGGGUCUGAGCCUGGCAUGGACACAGAGGAGGAGAAAGACAGAAAGGCUGCAAAGAGGAUGUCACUGGCCUCUGGUCAGGAACACGGCAUUGUCGUCAAGUUUCUCAAAGGUGGGCGGGGUGAAUCCAAAGUUACCAAGUUGAAGAGGCUAAGACCAACAAAACUCAGCCCGCUUAAAUCACGACUCAAAACUUUGCCUGGUGUACCCAGGCGCAGACGUGGGCGCCCACCUUCAGCUGAGAGGCUCAAAGCCGAGGCUCAGCUGUCUACCUCUUCUGAAUCAGGGGAAGGGAAACACAAGGUUUUUAAACUCAGAGGGGGAGACAGAGGCUCGGAUCCACAUACUCCACAGCAGCCUAUGCUGAGGAAUGUGGAUGGUGCAGAGCAUCAAGACUUUUCCAGUCCCCCUGCUUCACCAUCUCAUUCCAAAGUAGGCACUGGGGCAGUGGGUCUGCGAACCAGCCCUCGACACAUAAAACCUGUUAGAAUUGUCCCCCCUUCAAAACGCACUGAUGCAACCAUUGCUAAGCAGCUGCUACAGCGUGCCAAGAAAGGAGCGCAGAAGAAGAAGCUUUUGAAAAAAGAAGCUGCAGUUGUCAGGAGUGGUGGGGCAGGGUCCACCGAGGCAGGCAAGAGGGUCAAAACUACUCAACUGAAAAACAUCAGACAGUUCAUCAUGCCUGUCGUUAGCACAGUUUCGCUUCGCAUCAUCAAAACCCCUAAGCGCUUCAUUGAAGACGAAGGUAGCUUUGGAGCACCACCACCCCAUAUGAAAGUGGCACGGCUAGACACAACCCCCUCAUCAAACUCCACUAGUGUACCACCCCCCUCAACCACCUCCUCCUCCCCAUCUACUGUCCUGGCUUCCACCACAGCUGCUGCCACUAACAGUAGCACUGCUGCUCCUAUUGACUCCCUUCCUCCCCCGCCACCCCCUGUACCUAACCUCAGUGUGACAUCAACAGCUGCCAGCAACAACGACACCAAUGGCAGAUUUAGUGGCAGCGUGGCAUCUUGUGGGUCAAGUGCUGUGUCACAGCAUUCCUCCCAGUUGUCUUCUGCAGAGUCAUCCAGGUCCAGCAGCCCCAGUUUAGAUGACUCGUCGUGUGAUUCCCAAGUUUCCGAGGCCACACACGCUUUGUCCGAGCCGGAGGAUCACUCUCCAUCAUCACAGGGGGAGAGGGAGACCAACCUGUUACACAGCUCUCAACCUCCUUCCCCUCCCUCUGAGGCAGAGCCAGAACCAGAACCUGUGCUAACAGAGAGAGGCCGACAAGGCCUGAGAGGGCAGGGGGUUGGUCGGGGAAGUCAGAGCCAGAGAGCCAGGGAGGCACUCACCACUGGUCCAAAAAAGCCCAUCAUUAGCCCACCAACAGGAGUGUUGAUGUCCUCUGCACUUGCAAAUUCCCAGCAAACCUCAUCUACUAGCUCUUCUUCACCCCCACCUCCUCCUCUCCUCACCCCUCCACAGCCACCACAGUCAUCUUCCUCCAGUACAGCUGCUAUCAGUGAACAUCACCACCAGUCACCUUGGAUUAUGCCUCACUCCAUCACUCCUUUCUUGUCUGGACCUUCAGUUCUGCCCAGCAUGUCAGACAAACGAAGCCGGUCAAUUUUGAGAGAGCCCACCUUCCGCUGGACGUCCCACACUGAACAGCAGUACUUUUCCUCUGCUAAAUAUGCCAAGGAGGGCCUCAUCCGCAAGCCCGUAUUCGACAACUUCCGUCCCCUCCCUCUCACGGCCCAAGACGUGGGACUGCUACCCCAAACGGCAGGGGGACCUGCUUCAGUUGCAUUUCCAGGCCCGGGCAGUGGAACGGGAACUGGUACUCGUUUCUUUGGCUCGCUGCACCCCCACACACAUCACCAACACCUGUCUUCAUCCCGCUUUGAUGCACCACUCCAGAAACGCAGCCCGUUACUUCGAGCGCCUCGCUUUACCCCGAGUGAGGCCCAUUCUAGGAUAUUUGAGUCUGUUCUGCAGUCAUCUUCUGGGAGCAGCCCUGGUUCUGUCUCCCCACACCAGUCCUCCACCAGCUCCAGCAGAUCCUUACGUCGUACAAAGCGACGGGUUUCAGUCAUGCUACGUGGCCAUCCGCGAUCUCCUUCCCACUCAAUGACCACACGCAGCAGUCAAAUAGGAGGCCAGAUGUCUGUGGGGAAAGGCUCCUCGGACAUGUCUGGGUUGACAGGCUCUGUGUCCAGUACGAACCCCAGCUCUUUGCCAGUGGUUUCAGCGAGUCUACUAGCCACUAGUGCCUUAACGUCUGCUCCAUUCAGCACUUUCUCUCUGGGUCUGACUUCACAAGGGACACAGGACAGCAGGAGAGGAGCAGGUGGAAACACAGCCUCAUUGUCAACGACACCAUCCUCUUCUUCCCCACUUUUUCCUCUCUUCCCAAGCAGUACCCAGGAAACAGGACGAAGUGCAGGGAAAGGAGGUAAAGAAAAAAGCAUGUCAGCUCCUCAAGAAUCUGUUCCAAAGGACAAAGAAAGGGAUUCUGAUAAACACAGAGAGAAAGAAAAAGAGAAUAAGCGAGAAGGGAGGAAAGAUUUGGAGAAAAGAAGUAAGGUUUCUACCCCAGACAGCUCCCCCAAAACAGCUUCCAGCCUUUUUACUGGUGAAGGGAGGGACACAGAAGAUGCUGUUUUAUCUCUUGCUUCAAAAAAGGCUCCAGGGAGAAAGAAAUCUACAUCUGUUGACUUGGUUUCUGACACUGCUUCUGCAGAUGUGCAUGGGCUCCAUUCCAGUGUUCCCCUGUCUGUUGUUAAAGGCCGCUUAUCGAAGAAAGGCCGAUCAUCUGAGAAGGGAUCAGAGAUGGAGAAUGGAGAGAAGGAGAAAGACAAACAAAGUGUUCCUACCCAGCAAACAGCAAACCUUCCAGGGCACCAAGGCAGCCAGCUCGCUGUCUCUUCUCUUGAAUCAGUGUUGACACAUGCAGAGAAACAGACUGUGACUGACAAGCGGGUCGUUGGACUACUGAGGAAAGCCAAAGCUCAGCUUUUCAAGAUAGAGAAGAGCAAGUCAAUGAAGGCUCCAGACCAACCGAAGGUCCAGGGUCAAGAGAGUGACUCGUCAGAGACGUCAGUCCGUGGUCCACGCAUAAAGCAUGUUUGUCGUCGUGCAGCUGUGGCUCUCGGACGUAAUCGAGCUGUGUUUCCUGAUGACAUGCCAACACUUAGUGCCUUGCCUUGGGAGGAGAGAGAGAAAAUCCUAUCUUCCAUUUGCAAUGAUGACAAAUCAUCAGUAGCAGGCUCCGAAGAGGCAGAGCCUCAGUCUCCACCCAUAAAGCCACGGGAGACUCGACAAAAGGCCAUUCAGGAAGCUCCUCCCAAGAAGGGGCGUCGAUCACGACGUUGUGGUCAGUGUUCAGGCUGCCAGGUUCCAGAAGACUGUGGUGUUUGCACUAAUUGCCUUGACAAGCCUAAGUUUGGAGGGCGAAACAUUAAAAAGCAGUGCUGCAAGAUGAGGAAGUGUCAGAAUUUGCAGUGGAUGCCUUCAAAGAUGUUUCUUCAGAAGCAAGGCAAAGGGAAGAAAGACAAGAAAAAGAAGCUGUCUGAGAAGAAGGAGGGUCUCAAUCCUGUAAAAGUACCAAACUCUGAUUCUGGCCUCAAACCUACACUUUCACCACUAAAGGAAGACCCUUCCCAUAAAAAGAGUGAAACCCCUCCUCUAAAACCAGGAGAGGACAAGGCAAGACAGCUGCCAGCUUCAAAACAGUCUUCUCCAUCACUCACAUCUUCCCCUGCACCAGCUGAACCCCCACAGACCCCCAGCACAGUGACAGCCCAGGCCCCGUCUCCAGGCCUGACACCAGAACCCAAACAGCUCUCGACCUCAAGCAGUGUCACCAGUAGGAAGGGGCACAAAACUCAGCCAACUGGAGCUACUUCCUCUUCCUCUUCCACCUCAUCUUCCUCUUCUUUAUCAUCAUCUUCCUCUUCCUCCUCUUCCUCCUUCUCCUCCUCCUCAGCUCAGAAUUCCCCCUCUCAGUCUACGCAGUCUAAUCCUCCAUCCAAACAGCAGCCGCGACCUCCCAGUAAUCAGACACUUUCAAAAAAAGAUGCACCUCCCAAGAUUUCACCAAAUGAGCCCAAGAAGAAGCCCCAGCAGCACUCAUCGCAACUACAGAGCUCAGCUACUCCAGUGUCUGAAACAGCCAUUGAAUUGAAACAGUUGAAGAAGCCAUCCUCUCGUUGUGUUGCGCCAUCUAAUAAACAGCGACCAAAAGACAAGUCUGAAAAAUACGAGAGGCCGUUGACCACUAAACCUCCCAGCAGUAGUACUUUAAACUGGGUGAGCACUCCCUCGACUAGGGGCCAGGUGAAAUCCAGAGCACCCUGCGACGGAGUGCAUCGUAUCAGAGUGGAUUUCAAGAGAGACCAUGAUGUGGAGAAGGUGUGGGAGGCUGGUGGCUUCAGCCUGCUCACCUCUGUGCCUGUAACACCCAGGGUCCUCUGCUUUCUGUGUGCAAGCAGCGGAAACGUUGAGUUCGUCUUCUGCCAGGUAUGCUGUGAACCCUUCCAUCUCUUUUGCCUGGGGGAGUCGGAGCGCCCUCUCCAGGAGCAGUUUGAAAAUUGGUGUUGUCGACGAUGUCGAUUUUGUCAGGCCUGUGGACGCCAGCAUCAGAAAACUAACCAGCAACUGCUUGAGUGUGAUAAGUGCCGUAACAGCUAUCACCCGGAGUGCCUGGGUCCUAACCACCCUGCCCGACCCACCAAUAAGAAGAGAGUCUGGGUUUGCACCAAGUGCGUGCGCUGUAAGAGUUGUGGAACCACUAAACCUGGGAAAUCCUGGGAUGCCCAGUGGUCACAUGACUUCUCCAUGUGUCAUGACUGUGCGAAACUCUUUGCUAAAGGAAACCUUUGCCCAAUGUGUGAUAAGUGCUACGAUGAGGAUGACUGCAACAGCAAGAUGAUGCAGUGUGGCCGUUGCAGCCACUGGGUUCACGCCAAGUGUGAAAAGCUAACAGAAGAAAUGUACGAGCUGCUGUCAGAACUGCCAGAGAGUGUUGCCUACACAUGUACCAAAUGUACGGAACACCAUCCGGCUGAGUGGAGAACGACACUGGAGAGGGAACUGCAGGGCUGCAUUCGCCAUGUUCUUAAUGCGCUGCUCAACUCACACACAUCGACACACCUCUUACGUUACAGACAGGCGGUGAAGCCUCCAGAGCUAAACCCAGAGACAGAAGAGAGUCUUCCAUCCCGUCGCUCCCCAGAGGGCCCAGAUCCUCCAGUCCUGACCGAAGUCACUCCCUCACCCGCUAGAGACUCCCCUCCAGACUUGGAGUCUGUGGAGAAGAAGAUGGAUCAAAGCUGCUACAAGUCUGUGUUGGAGUUCAGUGACGAUAUUGUGCGAAUCAUUCAGACAGCCAUCAACAGUGACGGUGGUCAGCCUGAGGCCCGGAGGGCUAACAGCAUGAUCAAGUCUUUCUUCAUACGGAAAAUGGAGCGAAUAUUUCCUUGGUUCAAAGUCAAAGAAUCGCGGUUCUGGGAAAGACAGAAAGUCUCUGCCAACAGUGGUCUCCUCCCCAACGCUGUGCUGCCUCCAUCGCUGGACCACAACUACGCCCAGUGGCAGGAGAGACAGGAGCUUUCCCGCGCUGAGCACCCACAUCUCAUGAAAAAGAUCAUCCCAGCUCCCCGACCCAAGACCCCCGGUGAACCAGAUUCUCCAGUAUCUUCUCCUCUGCUUCCUCCAUCUCUACCCCCACCACCCCCACUAUUGCCCGAUCAGGUAGACAGUCCAGAGCUGCCUCCUCCUCCUCCUCCACCAGGUGUCAUUGACAACCGGCUGUGUGUUUUGUGUCUGAAGUACGGCGAUGAGAACACGAACGAGGGUGGUAGGUUGCUGUACAUCGGUCAAAAUGAGUGGACCCAUGUGAAUUGUGCGAUGUGGUCAGCCGAGGUGUUUGAGGACGACAAUGGCUCUCUGAAGAAUGUUCAUUUGGCUGUUUUAAGAGGAAAACAGUUGCACUGUGAGAAGUGUCAAAGGCCUGGUGCCACUGUUGCCUGCUGCCUCACCUCGUGCACCAGUAGCUAUCACUUCAUGUGUGCCCGUCAGUGUCACUGCGUCUUCCUGGAGGACAAGAAAGUCUUUUGUCCAAAGCACAAGGAGCACAUCAGGGGAGAGGUGGUGUCUGGUUUUGAGGUGACCCGCAGGAUCCUGGUAGACCUGGAGGGCCUAAGUCUCAGGAGUAAGUGGCUGGCAGGAGUGGAGCCUGAAAAUAUCCACAUGAUGAUAGGGUCCAUGACCAUUGAUUGUUUGGGUAUAUUGACUGAACUCUCAGACUGCAAGCGGAAACUCUUCCCUGUAGGAUACAAGUGUUCAAGGGUGUACUGGAGUACAAUAGAUGCUCGAAAGCGCUGCGUGUACACCUGUAGGAUUCUUGUUUGUCACCCUCCAGUGGAAAAGUCUGACCUGAAGGGCGUGAUGCCACCUGAGGAAAAUCGCACUAUAGCACACAGCCCACCUGCACUAUCAGACUUUCCUGAUCCCUUUGAAUCUCCGAGGCGCUCCGAAACUCUGUCUCCUUCCAACACUCCCAAGCUCAGGGUUUACACCAGAAACCGACAUCCCAGCUACCCUCCCUGUCAGCGUUCACUGGGCCCCCGGCCUAUGCCCUCUCCAGGUGGUUCUUCUCAGCCCCAAAGUCAUGACAUUGUGGCAGGAGAUAACUCCAUAAUGACCCCAGUCAGGCGGAAUAUUGACUCAAGACGCCACAGCUCUCCAUGUCUCUCACCUUCUACUCAUCACCCAAACAGACAGAGAGGGGUCACUUCUCUUCAGAUAUCACGACCGCUUACCUCACCUCCUCCCCUUAUCCCGUCUCCUGCCAGAGACCCAGAAAAGACAAAAUACUUCAACAAAGAUUCAGCACAGAGGGAUGAUGACAGAGGUAGACCAUUCUGCACAGACAGGAACAGACCACAGCUACCCAAAGACCAAGGCUUUAGAGAUGCAGACAGAGGAAGAAUUGCAUUUCGAGAUCAAAGCUCAAAGGACUUUGAUAAGAAUAGGGCAGCCAGGGAGGUUGGGCUCAAAGACACCGAGAAGAGUGAGCCACCAGCCAAAGAGCCAGAAAAAACAAGAGUAUUGAGUAAAGACCUGGGUCUGAAAGAGACAGACAAGGGAAGACCUCCUGGUAGAGAUCCCUUAAGAGAAAAGGGUAAACAAGUAAACAGAUACUCUGAGAAGGGGAGACAGGCAAACAGAGACUCAAACAGUCGAGAAAUGGACAAAAGCAAACCAUCCUCCAGAGACUCUGGUCAUAAAGAUGCUGAAAAGGGUAGAUCACUCAGUAGAGACUCUGAUAAACAUGGAGAGUAUAGCAAGGAAAUAGGACAAGACCCAGGCCAAAAUAAAGACAGGCCAUCUAGUAGAGAGUCUGACAAGGCUAGACCUCCUUCUAGAGAUUCUAGUUAUAGAAGCACAGAGAGAAAUAAAGACCCUGGCUCAGGGAAAGACAACAACCAUAGCAGUCAGUCCAGACAGGGUGGAAGUGAGAGUAAGAGUUCGAGGCUGCUACCUGUUGGCUCAGGUCAGUCCUCCCCUCCAGUUGGCACUGCUGUUCUCACAGGUCAGCAGAGAGGUAGUGGCACCAUACAGACAGACAAACGAGGCAAAGAUCAGGACAUUUCAACAAGUUCGUUGCCCGAUCAAAGAUGCAUUCCUACAUCUAACAUCUCUAAGGACAAGCCAGCCACUGGAAAGGAGUCUAAUGCCGGGACUGAAAAUUCAAUACCUGCUCUUCUCCAAAAGGAUGGUGUUGUUGGGAAAUCAGGCACACCACAGGUUUCCAUCCAGAAGAGCAGCAUUCGUAAAUCAAAUGAUUAUUCAUCAGGUCCAACCACUGCUGCCGCUAUGACGCCUCUUUGGUCAUCAAAAGCACUAACAGAAGAUAACGUCGUUAAACGAGGCUCCAUGCAGUUAGCCUUGCCACCUACAGCCUCAGCUGCCAAUGACAAACACUCCAAAGUUAAGAUGGCAGGCAGCAGAGAUGUGUCCAAAGACAGUGACCGAGAAAAGAGUCUCCACAACAGCAGCAGCAACAAAAUCCCAAUUCUCAAUAACAGUACUAAAGCUACCAGCAGCUCCAACACACAAAAUUCCAACUCUCACCAUGACAGCAAUAGCAAUGCUCAAAUUCUGGGAAACAACACCAAAGCCCAUGGAAAAGCUCAGGUGGAGAGGAUUGAGAACCAGGGAGAAGACAAGUUAUCCUCAAAAUCCUGUCCUGAGAGAAAGAUCAGUUCCAGUCUGGACAGUCUGGAAAACUUUCAGCACUUACAACAACAUAUUGCUUUAGCGCAACAAAAACUAAUGAGGACAUCUUCGCACUCUCACGUCAAACCACCAACACACCAGCUCUCAAUGACCUCUCGGGACAAAAAGAGAUCAGUCAAACCUCUUAGUGUAGCUCCACUGAAGACCGAUAUAAAGAUGGACCCCAAUGGGACCAGUGUUGUUGGUGGGAUUUCCUCUUCCUGCCAUAGCACAACCACUACCUCCGCUGUCUCUCCUGCAGGCCAGGGGAGUUGUCUGUCUGCCCGUUCCAUUCUCUUCUCUUCACCCUCUGCCAGCAGCAGUGACAGCUCUGAGUCUGACUCUCAGACCCAAACAGAAGAAGACGAUCUUCACAAAGAUCAUUCACACAGUCGACUCCGAGACCACCACAGCCUCCUCACUCAAGGCCCAGAAGAUGACGGAGAUGGCCCAGAAGAUGACCAGGACAGGGCUAUGGAUGAUAAGCAUCACGAGGAUGACAGCGAUGGGUCUGGAUCAGCUAAGCGGCGCUACCCUCGACGCAGUGCUCGUGCGCGCUCCAACAUGUUUUAUGGCCUCACACCUUUCUACGCGGUUCGCUCUUAUGGUGAGGAGGAUCUUCCCUUCUAUGGCAGCGGAGAUGCAGCAGGGGUUGUGGUUAAAAGGAGGACUGGUGGCAGCAGGAGGUCUGCUGAAGGGCAGGUGGAUGGUGCAGACGAUAUCAGUACCUCAUCUUCUUCAGGGGACAGUGGAGAGGAUGAAGACACUGGAUUGAAACAAAGGGGUAAAGACUCUUACUAUUACAACUUCAACCGAACAAUAAUAAGUCCUGGCAAGGGCUUACCAUCUAUAGAAGGGAUCGACCAAUGUCUCGGACGUGGCUCUCAGCUCCAGCGCUUCCUUUGUGAUGAAGAGCAGCAACAACAGAGGGGACAAGGAAAAGCUGAAGCCGAUAUGCUGAGCGCAGUGACUUUGGGGAAGCAGCAUAUUGGCCAGCUUGAUGGUGUUGAUGAUGGUUCAGAGAGCGAUACCAGCAUCUGCACAACCAGCACUACAACUACUACAGCCACAUCAUCAUCCACUACACACAAGAAUACUGCUAAAAGGAGGGGCAGAGAAAGGCACACUGAGAAACUCGACUUGCACGAAUCAAGCAAGGAGACUGAUAACGGCGGAGCAGUAAGCAGUAACACUCGAGAAAGCAGAAAGAAUCAGAAAGAAAACUGUCUUCCUCUAGGAGGUGGGGUUAAGUCCCAGCCACAGAGUCAGGGCCAAGAUCCUCUGGAUGCCCAGCUGUCCCUCAGCACAGACCUGCUAAAAUCAGAUUCUGACAACAACAACAGUGAUGAUUGUGGCAACAUUCUUCCAUCAGACAUCAUGGAGUUUGUCCUCAACACUCCUUCUAUGUCAAUGCAGACUUUGGGUCAGCAGCCUGAGCCUUCCUCUUCAGAGCUGCUGCUGGAUGAAACCUAUGUUGGGGUGGACGUCAACCGGCGCAAAGACAUUCUGUUUGAUGACUUUUCCCAGCCGCUGCCCAGUACUGAAAGCAGUGGGGUUGUGGAGAGUAGUGUGAAUAGUUCCAUAUCUGUAGAGGAGCCAUAUGUUCUUCCUCUGGAGCUGCCAUCUGACCUCUCCGUCCUGACCACACGCAGCCCUACUGUUAGUAGCAGCCAGAACCAUACUGCCGGCAGUCUCAUUUCAGACCGGUCUGACCGCAGCAUGUUGGGUUUGACAUCUGACACAGAGACAAUCAGUAGAGAGAAAACUGGAGACAAGAAGAGAGUGGGGCCAGGUGUGUCGCCUUCUGAGAAUCAGCACGAUGGUACAACAUUAAGAAACAGAGACACACAAGUGAAUGAAGGCCAUGUAACUCCUGAACAGUUCAUCCCUAGCCCUGCUAUUGGUCAGGUAGUUGAGCCUCCUGGCAAUCAGGAUGUCCCCAGGAGCUCUGGUACACCUGGUUUACCAAGUUCUCCCUCCCUGCCUCUUCAGGGUCAGAAGUAUAUUGCAGCCUCAGGUGCAGUUCCAGGAAGCCCUUGUCCAGCCACUGGUCCAGGGCCAACACAGGCUCAUGUUUCUAGCACAGCGGUCAUCAAACCCCCAGAGAAACUUAUUGUGGUAAACCAGCAGUUCCAGCCCCUCUAUGUCCUUCAAACUGUCCCAAAUGGUGUGACCCAAAAACUCAGUGCUACUGGAGUGAUGGACACCAGCUCUCCCACUGUACUGAGCUCUAUGACACUCACCACAGGUUUGAAUACUGGUCUCUCCCCAGCUCAGCCAAUAUUUCCUGCUGGGGGCAAAGUCUUGGGUACCAUGGCUCAUCCUUCUCACAUUCACACAUUUACAGGAACCACGCAGACUGGUUUUCAGCCAGGAAUCCCAAGUACCACCUCGGGACUUCUUAUUGGGUUGCCCUCACAGUCUCAUGACCAUUCUCAGAUUCUGGUGUCGGAAGCUGGGCGACCACAUGAGUUAGGGCCCAGUGUUGCCAUUGUGUCCAGUCCCUCCUCUCUCAGUUCUUCCCCAACGGUCAUAGCAUCUGCUCAUGGCAAGAAAAGGCCCAUUUCCCGUCUCCAGCCAAGAAAAACCAAAAAGUUGGCCCGCUCUCGUAGUCAGCCAGCUUUGGCCCCUUCUGAUGUGGGCCCUCCAAACAUGGCUCUUAUCAACCUGUCUUCCCCUCAGCUUACUGCUAGCAUCCCUGGCCAACCUGGUGGUCUUGUUGAGUUAAGUACACUUUCUGCUUCCCAACGCAAGGUUCCAAAUAUUAUCAAAAGACCAAAAUCAGGUGGAGUUAUGUAUUUAGAUCCCAGUACUCUCCUUCAGCCGAGGAUUCCAGCUUCUGCCCAGACAGGUAUCCUCAGCCAUGAUUCCACUGCUCAUCUUCUACCCUGUACAGUCUCUGGUCUCAACCCAAGUCCGUCAGUGUUGAAUGUUGUAUCUGUACCCCCUAGUGGUGCAACUGGCCUUCUUGCUCCAGGUUCGGUAUCUCUCUCUGCUCCCGUCCUCAGCUCUGCUGAGAUCACAGGCUCCAUUAGCAGCCUGUUGUUUAAGGCAAGCCCACAUGGUCUAGGGCUGACAGAUCAGCCAGUUGUCCUUCAAUCUGCAGGAGGAGCUCCUUUGAUGUCACAGCUUAGUUCAAGUGUUCAGACAUCCAUAGCCAACAGCAUCUGCGUCCUGCCUUCCCAGCAAACUAUCAGCAUGGCUGUAAACCAGCAAGGGGAGUCAGAAGGCAGUGGUUCUCUCCUGAAACCACAGUCACAGGCUAUAGACUGCAUUCAAAACACCACUGUAACUUUAGCUCCCAGCCAAACUACUCCUUUAAGCCCUGCCAAGGGACAAGUUGUUGGAUUGCUGACCCAGACACAGACCUCUGCACCCUCCCAGAGCUGUAGAACAACUCCCAUUUCAAUUUCUUCAGAACAAAGGCACUCUAGCUCCAAGUCAGUUGCAGUCUUAGGGCCGGAGAAAGUAAAGCCGAAAGCCAAAAGGAGUAGGCAACGUUCAGAGGCCACCAGUGGGAAGAAGCUCAAGGCAGAGGAACAACACAGCAACCCAGCAGGACGGCUCUCAUCAAACCCAGGUUUCAAAGAGAGGAGCACUGCUGAACCCAUGGACACAGGAAAGACCACAGACAAGGCAGUCACCAAGAGUGUGCUCAGUAAAAAGACUUCAGAAGGCCCUGUAUUACCAGGUAAAGUAGUGGGAAAAGACAAACCAUUAGGAGGCGGUGGCGCAGGCCUUCCGGUAUCUAUACCACCAGAACAAGAUGGCAACAGUAAGGACACGGUCCUGGAUAGCAAACCCAAAAAGGGCAUCAUCUUUGAAAUCUGCAGUGAGGACGGUUUCCACAUUCGCUGCGAAAGUAUUGAUGAGGCCUGGAAAUCCCUGACUGAUAAAGUGCAGGAAGCUCGUACCAACGCACAACUCAAAGAGCUCUGUUUCGAAGGUGUGAACGGGCUGAGCAUGCUGGGAGUCGUCCAUGAGGCAGUGAUUUUCCUCCUGGAGCAGCUAUAUGGAUCCAGACACUGUCGAAGUUAUCGCUUCCGCUUCCACAAGCCUGAGGACUCAGACGAACCUCCAAUCAAUCCCCAUGGCUCAGCUCGCGCAGAGGUCCACCAUAGGAGGUCUGUGUUUGACAUGUUUAACUUCUUGGCUUCAAAACACCGACAGCCUCCAGAGUAUAGGCCACAUGAAGAGGAUGACGAAGAAGGGCAGCUCAGGACUGCCAGACGUAUCGCGAUAGAACAACCACUGGCGACAAGGUUCAAACAACUUAAGGCCACCUCCAAGGAAACUGUCGGCGUUUACAGGUCUCCCAUUCAUGGCCGAGGUCUGUUCUGCAAGAAAACCAUAGAUGCCGGCGACAUGGUCAUUGAAUACUCCGGCAACGUGAUUCGCUCUGUGCUCACUGACAAACGGGAAAAAUACUAUGACGGCAAGGGGAUCGGCUGUUACAUGUUCCGCAUCGAUGACUAUGAAGUGGUAGAUGCCACGGUACAUGGCAAUGCUGCACGCUUCAUCAACCACUCCUGCGAGCCCAACUGCUACUCACGGGUCAUUACCGUGGAUGGCCAGAAGCACAUCGUCAUCUUUGCAUCUCGGCGUAUCUGCUGCGGCGAAGAGCUUACGUACGACUACAAGUUCCCCAUCGAGGACGCCAGCAGCAAGCUGCCCUGCAACUGUGGCGCAAAGAAGUGUCGCAAGUUUCUCAAUUAAUACUCGUAACCAAGCUCUAACCAAGCUCUUGGGGGUUAUUGUAUUCCUGUGCGGUGUGGCGGGCGCCCCCCACCCCUACAGAGGGUGUGCUGUGGCUCCGCAGCCUGUCAUGGGGCUUCUGCUGAUGUUUCUCCUGCUGGUCCUGGCAGAACACGGCAGAAGCUGUUUUAUCGGGGAGUGUCACACUGUAUCUGCAGAAAGGGCCAUUCUGGAUGAGGAGCCAUUUGUAGAAAUUCAGACAUAUCAUGACUCCUUUCAUUUAAAUGUGGCUUGGAAAGAGUUCCGCCUCCAAAGGGAAGAGGGUGAAACGGUUAAAGCCUUCACAGCACUGCAGUUAAAUUAACCUUUAUUUUCCGACAACAUGCGGUUACCAUUUAUAAUUUAUAUGCUGGCCCACACUCCUUAUUUUUAUAUGAAGAUAAUGUCACAUCUCUGACGUAGUUGCAGCCCAGAGUUGAGAACAAAAGAUCAAAUUGGUUCGUUUACACCAAAGUGCAAUUUGUCGAAUGGAUUUGAACAGUGAUUUUACUACAGAAGAAGAAUGGAAAAAGUUGUAUAGAUUUUUAUUGAUGCACGUCUCCCUGUCUGAAUGUGCCCUGAUGCCUUCAGAACUGUUGUGAUUGACUGGAACUUUUCCUUUUGGAAGAACAAGCUUGCCGGUGUAUACAGUCGACACUGAAAAUAGGAUAUUGUGCAGGUGGAAACACUAGGGGCGUUGUGGCCACAGAAAGUACAACAUGAUGGAUGGAAAUGAGAGGAUUGUAGAUUUUGUAAAAAAAAAUCAAGAAUUUUUGGUUCUUAUUCAGGCUGAUACCAAUCGUAUUUUUUUUUUAACUCUUCUGAGUUGUUGAUGGGUUUAACCCUCUGACCUGAGAAAGUGAGGCAGCUAGAGAUCCUGGUGGACUGACAGCGGAGGGACGAUGGUACGUGUGCUUUACUAGAAAUAUUUAUCAUUGAUUUAUCAUUGAAAGAGUCGCAGAAGCAUAAACAGAAGAGUUUCAGGUACGCUGCUGUUCUCCAAACACGUUUUGGUGUUUACGUUACCUUGGUCUUCACGUUCCAAAUUCUGACAGCAGAAAGAACCAAACGUCAGCCCGUUCUGUUAAAUUUUCAUAAAGCGUGUUUUCUUAUUGGCCUCUUGUAAUAUAAAGACAGAUCGUGUUUGUAUUUGUAUGCUGUUAAAUAUCGUCUGUUAUCUGUCUAUUUAUUAUGGACAGGGAAAUAUUCUGCUUCAUUUUAAAAACAAAUGUAAAUAAUGUAUAUUUUUUUUACAAAAAAAAAAAGAUGUAAAAAGCACUCAUUAGUGAAGAGCACUUAAUGAUGGUAUUUAUAUUUUUUUAAAAUUUUAUUUAUUUUAUUGCCUUUUGUAGGAAAUAGAGGUUUACAAACACUAAUGCUUGGUCUCUAUGUUUUGUAACCCGCUGCCUUUUAAAUGGUUUUACUUUUUUUCAUAAUUUUAUUUUACUUUCAUUUUUAUUUUAUU